AUGGCUCGUCCGCCGAGAACGUGGGAUGCCAUCUUGGCUGUGGACUCUCGUCGAGAAUGGAAGGCGGAUCGUGAGUGACGCAGCCAAGAUCGGACACGCCCAUGCAAAGUCUCUACGACAAGCUUUAAAGCAGGCGUGUUACGACUUGUCUACAUGACUUACGAUACACCAUUGUGCAAGAGAUUCCGCAUUUCGUAAGAUGAUGCACAAGUGGGCCCACCUAUGCGCAGAAGCUCAAAAGAAAAGGCGAGCUGAGACAAAAGGCCGGGUCAUGAAGUACGCGUAGAGAGGACGAGCCGGCCGAGCUUCGUUUUGUCCAAGGACCAAACCCGAGAUCCUCCUUUGUCACAGUCACACUCUAGCGGUCCGGCAGUCGAAUUAUCGGUGCCACCUAGCGAAGCUGCAGCCUGCGAAGGUGCAACCUUCUUGACAACGUCUCGCGCGGCGUACAGAGGCUCCUGACUCCAAGGUAGCUUGUAACGAUAGGCAGAGAGGACAAAGGAGCAUGCAUCACCAGACGCGUCGCGAAGGCGCAUGGCAUACAGUCGGACAAGAGCCACAAAAACGCCGACGCCCCAGUCACCUCCUCCACGCGUGUGUGCGUUGAUGGCUCCAGGUGUCUACCCGGACCGUUCGUUCGCCCUACACGAUAGCGGCAGAUGUGAUUUGCAGCUCACAGCCAACGGGAACAGAGGAACAACCUGACCUUGGUAGAAGUGAGAUAUCCACAGAUAAGCAGACAAGGUAGUAGAUCUUCACAUCGACUGAAGAGACAAUGCCUCGCUUUGCAGAACGAUCACUUGAGCGUUUCCCUUGUCCUUUGCCAGCUCUGACUGGACAACUGCAGACGUUUGCCUCUCGGGUCAGGAACUGGCCUGCUCUGCGCGCCUCUAGCGUCCGUUCCUUUAUUCUGGUUCCCAACGCUUUGACGGCGCCUGUAGAUUCUGGCACAGUGGCGCUGAUCUUUGCUGCCGCUUGUCAGCUUGCCUCCGACCUUGGGUUACACAGUCACACAUGCGAUCCGCCAGAUCAGCGCUCAGAACAUCUAUAAAAUGCCCUCCGGAGCCUCGAUCGAAACCACUAUUCUUCCCUCACUCAGCAACUCACCAGCGCAUCUACCAAUUCGCAGCAUUCUUAUCGCAACAGCUACCUUCGCUACCAUCCUAGUCGACAAGAUGAACCCCCUCUUCGCUCCUAUCACCACUGCUCCAGUCUCCGCUGAGCACGAGGACCAGCACAAGCUCGUCGACCAGGUGAGUAGGUCCUCCGACGUCUGACUUCCCUUGUAGAAUGCUGCUGAGAACCUCCUGCUCCUUGUUCCUGCAGGGCAAGGGCUCCGGUCAACCCACUUACUGCGUUGUCGCGCGUACCCAGAUGGUCAACAUGGAGGUGAGCAUCUCGUGGUACCGAUGGGCACAUGAGCCGUUCACCACGUUCCAACAUCAAGCUGACCUGCAGCGAAUUUCAACUCUAGCGCAAGGGCGGCGGCUACCCUUCUUGCGUCAUCGCUUGA